AUGGAUGGCUGCUUGGUCACCAAAAGGAGUCCUUCCCGAAGGUCAAUUAUAGGUGACUUUUCGUCGUUUGUGGCACAUAUGAAGGAGAUAGCAAUCGACAAAGGUGUCGACAUUUUGCUCGUAGACUCCAGAGACAUACACGAUGGUACCGGUCUAUCUGACGGUUAUUUGCCCGGCGGUGUCGAUGGCCGUGAGGUCAACUUGACCAGCUCUUCGAGCUCAAACCCAACUCCUUACGAUGUUAUGGCCAUCGAAACCAUGAACUCUAUGUAUCAGAAUUUAGCACCGAAGCUUAACGGGCGAUACCUUUCAUCGAAUGUCGAUAUCACUGUUGCCGAUCAGAAUCGAUCUGCCUGUAGAUACAAUGGUGAUGGGGGUAGUGAUACCCCCAACCCUUAG